AUGAGUAAAGAUCUAAAAGAGAUAUAUGCACUUACAGAACAACAACUUCUGUUAAUUCAACGCUAUUUUAUGUCCGAUACAUCUGAUUAUGUCAUUAAAAGCGCUAUCGAAGAAUGGAUAAGUGACGAUGAAAAUGAUUCCAAUGCUGGGAUAGAUACUGAGGAUGAAGCCGGAAUUGCUGAUUGGACGGAUUUCGGUUCAUUUGAUGUUGACACUGACGAUCCACGCCCUGCCCUCAUCCGAAAGGAAAGUAAAGAUUUCAAAAAAACUGCCAAAAAUUCUAAGUGGUUACAAGGAUCGUUGAUUUCAGCCGUAGGAAAUAUGGAUUUACUAGUUUUUGCUCAUGCGCAAAAGGUUGUUUCAAUUGAAAAAAAUCCUUCAGACAAUACAUUUCAAAUAAUUGCUCAGUUUAACACGGUUGAUUCAUCGUGGUCUCCUCCGGCUUAUAUUCGUUGUUUAUGUGUUUUACCCCUGAGUUGUACAAGAAAAACGGAAACAUCAUUGUAUGAUUGGUCGGCAAUUGUUGUUGGAAUGAGCAAUGGAUAUGUCCGUUUUUUUACAGAAAAAGGCUUACUGCUACGCUCGGAUUACGUAUCAGAUAGCCCCAUCGAAGAAAUUCGUCUUGGGAGAUCGGUGAUGGCUGGAAAUCAGGAAUUAGCGAUAUUGUCGCAAACUGAUUUGACAUGUAUUGAAGGUCUUUCACUAUAUGCAGCAUUAAAGGCAGCGAAAAAUCAACUUGCCUGCGGUGAGAUGGACGUCGGGAAAGUAGCAGCUCAUGCAAAGUUAAACGUUGAAAAAUUGAAGUUUGAAUCUGGAAUAAAUGUGGUCGAUUUCGGUAUUUCGGGUCCUUUGAAAGCAACUUGGUUUGAUCUUCACAGUGCCGCAACACUUUCGCCUCAGGGUUACAAGGCUAAAAUAGAACGCUCAUCACUUCCGGUUUAUUCGACGUAUGUUUUUGUUGGCCGAUCACCCUAUGUGGGUUUUGGAUGGCAUACACCAGGCGCUUCGCAAAAUGUUUUAAGUGAUGCUUUAUAUGCUCUUGGAAAUCAGCUUACAUCGUCUGUUGCAUCGAGCAUACCAUCGUUUGGCAUACGUUCAUUUCUGGGUAUAGGCACAUCCCGGAAAGAUCGUCAACCGAUUGUCGAAAUUAAACCCAGUGCGGUGAUACCAAUGCGCUCAUCAAUUGUUGAUGGCAAGCGUGAAGGUGAACGCAUAUAUAUGGCACCAGGAAAGUAUAAACUUGCUGCAGUUACGGAUUCGUUAGCUCGUGUAGCCUUAAUUGAUAUUAGGACUCGUCAUAUGGUACGGAUGUGGAAGGGAUAUCGUGAUGCACGUUGUGCUUGGUUGGAAGGUAUGUCCACAUUAGACCGGAAGAAAAGUAGAUAUGAACUUGAAGUACAACCGUCGACGACUUUAUUCCUGGUAAUAUUUGCACCACGGCGUGGUUUGCUUGAAGCAUGGAGCAUGCAGAAUGGAAGGCGAGUUUUUGCAUCUACAGUGGAUCGACAUGGCCGAUUAAUUGGUAUACCUCGGCUCAGCGACCAUUUAUUAGGUUUCGAUGAACGGGCUUCAUCACAUUUGCCCUCCGUUUUUUUUCUAUCGUCGAAUGGAAUGAUUUAUCAUCUGCGGAUUCCCUUUCAUCGUGCUUUAUCAGACGAAACUGAUUCUGCUAUUCAUGAUUCAAGCAUUAUCAAAGAGAUUAAUCAAAUGAUGAAAGAUGGCAUUGUGGAAGAUUUUUCAACUUGGUUGCAGUUUUUCCGAGCCCUAAAGACUACUUCUGCAAUGAGAGAAAGUAUUGAUAUUCUAUGCCGAGAUUGUGACGUCGACUGUUACAAACUUGGCCUUAUUAUGGCUUCCGUUUUACAACAUGUGGAGAGUUAUCAUGCUGUGAAGAAAUCUCCGGAUAGUGAUAAUUUGGUGACUUAUGCUGCUGCAGUUUCACAGUUGCUUGAUGUUUAUAUAUAUUUGCUUAAAAUAGACAAUGAAGAGCCGAACACGACCAGUGAAGAAUGUGAAAAUUUUGAUAUUGCUGAAAUGCUCUUCAUUGAUAAAGAAAUGCUGAAUUUAUGUCUGCAGCGAAUUUCCGAGUACCGUACUGAGAAUGAUUCUACAAAAGAAAGAAACCUCACAUUUGCUGCAUUCAUAUCACAUUUUGAUUUGAAUCAAACAAGUAUGGCAUCAUCAAAUCAAAAAAGAUUGAAAAACAAAUUGGUCAAGAAAACUGUUGCAUUCGGCGAUCUUCUUUUUAAUGGUGUAUUGACGGGACGUUGUACAAUUCAGCACUUUGUAAACCAUAUAAUACCACUACUUGGCUUAUCAGAAGAGGAUUUUGCGGAUGCAUUUUGUGCGUAUUGGCUGAAUCCAUGUGAUGAUUUCGUUCAUCAUUUACCACGUGUUCUAAUUCUCUGUAAGCAUUUACCUAAAUUUGAUUCUUAUGGACGUUCUUGGUUAAACAAAGUGGAACGAAAUAUUCUUAACAGCCAAGAACUUGGUGCAGCUUUGACAUUAUGUUUGGUUGCACGAGCAGUCGCACACACUCAAAAGCACGUAUCAUCAAACGAAAUGAGCACUAACAGUGAAUUGAAUGACGAAUCAUAUCAUGAGGAUUGGGAUAAGGUGGAAUUAACGUUGGAAUGGUGGGAUCUGCUUUUAAGACAUUUGCACUGCAUGAUUAUUCUUAAAGCAUUACCUGGUAACUUACCAAUCUGUCUUUCUGAUUUAAUUAAUGGUGGUCCAGCUUAUUAUAGAGAACAGAUUGGUAGCUGGUCAGCAGGAUUCAACUUAGAUCCGGAACAUCUUUAUGAUAUUUUUGAUAAUCCGACGGUAGUAAAUUCUAAAGUAAAGUGGGAAGUUACAAUUGCUGAAUUGCGUAAAUUGUUUCCAAUAAGUCUUUCACCUGAACUUGUCGUAUCUGAUUGCGCUUGGGAAUGUGUUGGUGCAUGGAGGCGCCAAAAGGAGAAGAAUGAAGCUUACAAAUUGUUAGAAAAAGCGAUGAAAUUUGUUGAACUUUUGGGUGAAAAAGGUGUAUUGCAACACGGUAUCUGUUUUAUGUUAUGGGAUACAUUUCUUCGUCAUCCUUUUCGAUAUAUUUACGACUUUCUAAAUCGGAAAUCGUCGAGGUUCAAAAAAUUGGAAGAUUGCCGAAUAGAUCUGGAGCAUUUUCCUUACUGCUGUACAAAGAUUUUGCGAUUGUUGCGAAAUUCUGUAAAAUUUGCAGAAGCAUUGGAUGCAAAUGAGGAUUCAUCAAGUGCUUCGACAGUCUAUAAUUUAUUUGAAGAUUUUAUUGAGGCAGUGUUUGAAUUUCAGCGGCGUAAACAAACAAAACCAAAAAAACCGUUAAGUCUCAUGGCUGGACUUCAAAAACCGGUGAAUUAUCCGCUCGUUUGUCAUCAUCAUGAUCUUGCUAUGGUGAUCGAGUUGCAGGUUACUCUGGAAGAAUGGCCUCCAGGACCAAAAUAUUUGUUCGAUUCAAUUAGUGAACGGGCAUUUUUUGAAUCAUUUUAUGCUCAUCCAUUAAUUCCAAUGGAGAGUGUUACAGAGAGUAUUAGAGAAAAGAGAAUGGAAUUCUUAAAGAAAUGUGUCUCGCACAAUGGUUCACCAGAAUUUACCCGUCACUUACGUUUUCAUGUUUAUGACUUAGCUAAUGAUUGGACGCUUAGUGCUGACGAAAUCAAGAGCAAGGAAGUUAUUGCUUUAUUUCAAAAAGGCCUUGAUAGUGAAGCAAAAGAUGUCUUAAGAGUUAUGGAAAAUAUGGAACUUCUGCCUUAUGAGCUUUUCGACGUAGCUGUUGCGCGUGUUCGGAAAUGGUUUGAUACAAAUGAAAAGGAAGAUCUUAUGAUGCGUGGUUUAAGAAUGUCAUGUAUGGAUAAUCGGAUGAUGAAAUAUAUCCGUGAAUCAAAAAUGGAAGUUGUUCUGGUGCCGCCGGAUGAUAUUAAGCAGCUAAUGCUCCAAGUAAGAAUAUGUUUAGAUCGUGUGCAGUUGAGUGAUCAAGCAGUUAAAACUGAUUGCCUUGCUCGUGAUUUCGAAAAACUUAUAACAAUGAUUCAGUAG